CAUUGCAAAAACAAAAACAAGUCUCUGUUCUGUCACGUCUCCGUUGUUUUUGUCUGUUUGUUCCGUUUGCUGGUCUUAAUACCUCCAUUUCGUCUUAACUCUCCGUGUUCAUGGUCGCCCCCUGGUCCCAGGGGAAGCUGUAGUUUACCGGUAGCAUCUCGGUGACGGGCUUCAGCAGCCAUGGCUCAGCAGAGAGGAGUCAACAGCCUGCAGUUCAACCAGGACCAGAGCUGUUUCUGCUGUGCUAUGGAGACAGGGGUCAGGAUUUACAACGUGGAGCCCCUGAUGGAGAAAGGCCACCUCGACCAUGAGCAGGUAGGCAGUGUGGCUUUGUGCUCCAUGUUGCAUCGAUCCAACCUGCUGGCCGUAGUCGGAGGAGGGGUCAAUCCCAAAUUCUCAGAAAUAUCUGUGCUGAUCUGGGACGACGCUCGGGAGACGCGAGACCCCAAAGACAAGUUGGUGCUGGAGUUCACCUUCACCAAACCUGUGCUAGCUGUUCGCAUGAGGCACGACAAGAUCAUCAUUGUAUUAAAGAACAGGAUCUACGUGUACAGUUUUCCAGACAGUCCAGUUAAGCUUUUUGAGUUUGACACCAGAGAUAACCCCAAAGGUCUGUGUGAUCUGUGUCCCAGUCUGGAGAAACAGCUGCUGGUCUUUCCAGGCCAUAAAUGCGGCAGCCUGCAGUUGGUUGACUUGUCCAACACCAAACCUGGCACGUCGUCGGCCCCUUUCACCAUCAACGCCCACCAGAGUGAGAUCGCCUGCGUGGCACUGAACCAGCCUGGCAGUGUGGCGGCCUCUGCCUCCCGUAAAGGAACGCUCAUCCGACUGUUUGACACGACGACCAGAGAUAAACUGGUGGAGCUGCGCAGAGGAACCGAUCCAGCCACCCUCUACUGCAUCAACUUCAGCCAUGACUCGUCGUUCCUCUGCGCCUCCAGUGACAAAGGCACAGUUCACAUCUUUGCACUCAAGGACACCAAACUCAACCGCCGCUCUGCGUUGGCGCGUGUUGGGAAGGUGGGUCCUGUCAUAGGUCAGUAUGUGGACAGCCAGUGGUCACUGGCCAGCUUCACUGUGCCGGCUGAAUGUGCCUGUAUCUGCGCUUUUGGAAAGAACACAUCCAAGAACGUCAACUCUGUCAUCGCCAUAUGCGUGGAUGGGACCUUCCAUAAGUAUGUGUUCACUCCGGAUGGAAACUGCAACCGAGAAGCCUUCGACGUGUAUCUGGACAUAUGUGAUGAUGAUGACUUCUAAGGCCAGAGACAGAGAGAAACCAGUUUAAAACAUUACUGGAAGAUGUGGGAGGGAGGACAAAGACGACCAAGUUAAUGAUGACAGACUUUAUGCUGCAGCCUGUUUGUAAUGUACUAUGUGUUUGUAAGUUGUAUCUGCAGAAUGUAGCACUAGGUCUGAUUGGUUGAUGUGUUACGAAUACACCUACACCUGGGAAGUGAGUCAGUUGUAAGUUUAUUUAUAGGGCACCUUUCAAGAGAAGACGUCACAAACAACAGUAAAGACACAACAGAUGCACAUUAAAGGUUGGUGAUUGUGACUGUGUGUUCCUGUGCACAAACCCCAUCCAGAGACCAGCAGCA